AUGAGGGACAUGGGAGAGAAGAGGAGACAUGGGCACGGCCAUUGCCAUGGCCAUCUUGUUGGGUUUGUAGUCGGAGGGGUUGGACAUGUAGAGCAUGAGGAGAAGCGCAUGGAACUGAAGAAGCUGGACAUGAGCAGCAUGUCCAUGGACACCCUACCACAUCUCACCACGCCCCUUGGCAACAUCACUACCUUGGAUCUCUCCAACAACAACCUACAGAAAGUAGAUUCAAAAGAUUGGGAUACUAACCUUUGUUGA